AUGAAAAAUUUUGGAGAAUAUUAUGACUUAUAUCUUGAAACUGACAUACUUUUACUUGUAGACGUUUUCAUGAACUACACUAUCAUGUGCUUGAAUGAUGAUGACUUAGAUCUCUCUCAUUAUGUAUCUGCACCAGAAAUGUUUAAUGAUUUCUUAUACAAAAGUAGUGGAGCUGAACUUAAGCUAAUGACAGAUAUGGACGAGUACUUGAUGGUUGAGAAAGGCAUUUGUGAAGGCAUGACAAUGGCAAGUCACCAUUAUGCCAAAGCUAAUAAUCCUAAAUAUUUCGAUUACAAUUCAGGCAAACUAACAUCUUGGAUCUUAUAUAAUGAUAUGAAUACUUUAUAUUCAGAUACGAUGACCCAAUACAUGCCUACAAAAAUAUUAGAAAAAAUGAAAGAAUAUAUUGAAAAAAAUAUUUGUAAAUGCAAAAUAGCUAAGGCCACUGGGGAUGAGUUUGGAGUUAUAUACUAUAAAUUAAAAAAUAAUGCAGUCUUUGGUAAACAGAUAGAAAAUGUUCAAAAAUAUAUGAAAGUAGAAUUACUUCGAACAGAAGAGGAUAAAAAAAUUAAGCGUUUAGCAAGUUCUCCAUUAUUUGAUGAAAUAAAAGGGGAUCCAAUAGGCGAAUUAGUAUGCUUAAAGCCAAAAAUGUAUUCAGUUCUUCCAGCAGGCCAUAAUUUUAAAACUUUUAAAACAGAUGCAGAUUUCGAAAAAGAGUUAGAAGAAAAAGAAUUUAGAAAAUCUCAGGAUGUAAAGUAUUGGAAGAAAAAGCAUGGCAUCUAA